GCUCUAAGCGCUGUUGUCACCUUAGUCUACAAAUGUAAAAAAAAUAGAUCGACGUGAAAGUGAAGAAUGAGGCAAAAGCUGAUAAACCAGAGGCAAAAGUGGACUGAAGUGCUGCAAUGGAACUAGCAAGUGUUUUAUGCCAAACCAUGUCAAAUCAUUCAUCGCUGCAUUGUAGAGACACUUUAUUCUGUGGAAGACAGUAUGUUCAUGUUUUUGGUAUUGGAUGUGUUUGGUGUUGAGACAGACAGAAUAACGUCAGUGUCAGUGAUGGAGGGAGAUUCUGUCACACUAUACACUGAUCUUACUGAAAUACAGACAGAUGAUCAGAUACUCUGGAGGUUCGGACCUGAAAAUUCACGCAUUGCUGAAAUCUAUAAACUCAAUAUCCCUAAAUAUGAUAGAAAUGAAAGAUUCAGAGACAAAUUAAUGCUGGACAGAAGGACUGGAUCUCUCUCUAUCGGAAACAUCAACAAAGCGCACGCUGGACCUUAUAAACUAACUAUCUUCAGCAACACAAGGACAUCACACAAGAGAUUCACAAUCACUGUCUAUGCUCGUCUGCCCAUUCCCGUCAUCAUCAGAGACUCUUCUCAAAGUUCUUCAAGCUGUAAAUGUGUGUUGGUGUGUUCAGUGGUGAAUGUGACACAGGUGACUCUCUCCUGGUACAAAGGAAACAGUUUAUUCUCCUCCAUCAGUGUGUCUGAUGUGUAUAUCAGUCUCUCUCUACCUCUGGAGGUGGAAUAUCAGGAGAACAACAUCUACAGCUGUGUGCUCAACAAUCACAUCAGAAACCAGACGAAACAUCUCAACAUUACUGAAGUCUGUCAGACGUUAUGUCAGAUCCUGACCUACAAAAAGUAUUUUUUAUACUGACGUUAAUAGCCUUUGUGGUGCUGGGGUUCACGUCUGCAGGUGUGAUCUACUGUUUUUGCACGAAAAAUAGCCAAGAAAAACUAGAGGAUCAGCAAAGCAUGUUAGAAUACACAAAGGUCGUCUACAGUCCUCCACUGGCAGAUCUGUCACAGAAAUAAUAGCUGUGACUUAUCAACACACAACACCACGAACCUCAAGAGAGAUGGAACAGUACAGCAGUUAUUCAUAUGUUUGAUGAAAAUGGGAUAGGAUUGUGGUAAAAUGUCGAAAAUAAAUGGUACUUGAUUAAAUAUGUGAA